UAUAUAUAUGUAUUGUAGGUACGUCACAUCUGUGAUGUGUCCAGUUGGUACACAAUGCUGACUGAAGUCCUGUGCUGUGGACCAUGUACAAAGGCAGCCAGGAGUGGAGAAGGUGGCACGGUGGGCCGGUGGCUUGCAUGGGAUCCUGCUAUUCUAUCACAGCUCAGUGAGGCCCAUCGAGCCAUGUUCCCUGCCAUCCUCACUAGCAGACGCGGCGUGGACAAGAACGUUGUGCGACUUUUGCGUGACCGGACCGAAGGGAACACCAUGGUUAAAGUGUGGCGGCAAAUACAGGAGAAUCACUUUGAGGAGUACCUCCAACGCAAGGACCUGUACACCACGCUCCUCGUGAGUCUAGUGGAACCCGGAGGGAUCGUCUCCGCGUUGGGGUGCACGUUCCAGGCUCCACCGCCUCCAAGAGAGCUGCCCUCAGCUCGUCUCCUGCGCCAUGCCUUCCUGCUGGCAGAGGCCAACAACGUUCAGGAUUACCGGAGCCAGAUCUUGUCCAUUUUUGGCACUGUGCUAAAAAUGGAUUCCACCAAGAAAGUGGGGAAGAAGCUGUCUGGGGAGGGUCAAGGCUCAGCUGAAUGGUUCACCAGCAUUAGCAACGAGCACUCCCAAAUUCUUUCGUUUGUGCUGACCUGCGAGGAGUCCACGGAGAAGCUGGACCCCAUGUGCCGUGGACUUAUGGAAAGGUUCUGGCUGGCCAAUCAACCUGUCCCCAAGAUCUUAUAUGUGGACCGCGGUUGUUGUCGUGCGCAGGGCCCGACGUCAGUGGAGACUUUGUUCCGGCCUUGGGUGGACAGUGGGAUGGUCGUGCGUCUGGACAUCUUUCACUGGAUCCACCGGUUUGACGCAGCCAUCCGCACGGAGAGUCACAGCAAAUAUGCUGCCUUCAAGUCCGCAUUAGCCGGGGCAGUGCUGGCGUACAACCGCACAGACCUGGAGCUGCUCGUCAAGGCCAUGAGAGCCAAGGAUCCGGCGGCCAUGAAAUCUGCGUCAGACGAGGAUGUCAUCCGGCACUACGUUUCCAGGGAACAGCUCAAACACCAUGUGUGGAGGGUCACCCUCGGGGCCCAGGAAACGUUCCGGCUCGUCAGCCUGGCCAUCGAAGAGCUGAAAGGUCCCGCUGGGCUGGACGAAAGUGGAGUGAGCCUCUUCAAAACACCUGAGGCCAUUGAUGAGGUGUGGGCAAGUCAGCAGCGACACCUGGAAUGCAUCCAGGAUCCACCAGACAUGAGCAUGUACAGAGUAGCAUGUAGCACGACCAUCAACGACGUGGACGUGCCGUAAUACAAAUGUCUGCGUGGAAGCAACAGCCUGGAAGGAUUCCACAAAUCUCUGCCUAAUAUGAUUCCAGGUCCCCACUGUGCAGCUCGGCCCUUUCAGGUUUACCUGAUAAGCGGCAUU